AUGGAAGGCGAAUGUUCUAAGAAGAAGAAACCAACUUCAAACAGGCUCAGUUUGAUUGAUGUGGUCUUUUCGUGGUGUCUUGAAGAUGUUCUAAACAAGGAUCUCUAUAUGAACAAGGUGGAAAAAAUACCAGAAUCAUUUCAGUCGGUGCAACAGUACUUUGGCUCAUUUAUCUUUGCCCUUUUGGAAGAAACACGUGAGGAACUGUCUUCAAGUUUGGACUUUAUAUCCUCAGCACCUUAUGCUGGUGUAAACUCCCUUCAGGAAUGUGGAGAAUGUGUAUAUGAUGUUAAGGUUGACCAGUGGAUGUACAAGUCUAGUUGUAGUAAGCCAUACAAAAUGUUCCCUGGGGGCAUUUUAGUUUUCACAGAUAGCAAACCUCAAACUAUUUCUGACUUAAAACAAGAGGGAGGAACAUGGACUUUAGCAUUAGUCACUGAAGGGACAUGUACUGAGUUUAAAGUCAAAUCAUCAUGUUGCAUUGAAGCCCAGUCUUUCAUCCAUAAACCACAGUUUGUGGUUUUCUUGAGGAACAUUACAACAAACCGAAAUAUAUGGAAUGCACUGCACACGUUUGGAAAUCUAUCAAUCGUCAAGGAAGUGCUCUACACAAAUAAUGUGGCUGAGGAAAAUUGUUCACUAUGUUCUGGAAAAAAUGAUUUUAUCCAGAAUGAAGAAAUCUACACAACUUUACUGUUUAAGCUAAAUGAUUCGCAAAGGGAGGCAGUUCUUGCUUCUCUUCAUAAAUUUCAGUGUUAUCACAAGUCAUCAGUUGAACUUAUAUGGUGUCCCCCGGGGACAGGGAAGACGAUGACAUUAAGUAUCUUGCUCUCUAUUCUCCAAAGAAUGAGUUGUAGGACCCUUGUAUGUGCACCAACAAAUGUUGCAAUUACAGAAGCAGCAUGUCAUCUGCUAGAACUGGUGAAAGCUUCAUCUGAAGCUGGAUCUAUAAGUGAUGCUUUGUUAUGUUCGUUGGGUAAUAUUCUCUUUAUGGGGAGCGAAGACCUGUUGGAAGUUGCUUCAGACAUUGAAGAGAUACAUUUGAAUUACCGUGUUGAAAGGCUUUUAGAGGUGCUUCGACCAUUGACAGGUUUAAGGCAUUGUUCUUGUUCAAUGAUUGAUUUUCUUGAAGGGUGCGUUUCUCAAUACCAUAUUUUCAUGGAUGGUGAAUUGAUGGAAAACAAAGAGCCCGACAUUGUGAAGAAUUAUAGCAAAGGAGAAUGUAAAACCUUUCUUGAAUUUGUAAUAGAAAGAUUCAGAUCAAUUGCCUUAUUGCUAAGAAGUUCGAUCUCUAUUUUCUGUACUCAUAUAGCCCGCAGCUUCAUAUUGGAUCAUAAUUUUGAAACAAUGGUUUCAAUUAUGAAGUUACUUGAUACUUUUGAAACUUUGUUGUCUCAGAAUAACAUAAAUUGUGAAGAGCUGCUGGUGGAAUUUUCUCAUGCCAAGAAUACUGAGAGUUGUCAUUACUCUUUUAAGAGUAUAUCAACCUUGCUGAACAUGAAAAGGGGUGAAUGCAUUUACAUUCUCAAGGUCCUGCUGACGGCUCUUGAUGCACUUGACCUUCCAAGUGCUAUGGAUCCCAGUUCAGUGAAGAAAUUCUGUUUUCAGACAGCUUCCUUAAUAUUUUGCACUGCCUCUAGUUCUCAUAUGCUGCAUUCACUUAAUAUGAAACCACUGGAAUUGUUGGUCAUUGAUGAAUCCGCACAAGUGAAAGAGUGUGAAUUGAUCAUACCAUUACAACUGCCUGGCCUUAGGCAUGCUAUUCUUUUCGGUGAUCACUGUCAGUUACCUGCAAUGGUUAAUAGCAAUGUUUCUGCCAGAGCUGGCUUUGGGAGAAGUUUAUUUGAACGAUUGAGUCUCAUGGGCCAUUCAAAGCACUUUUUGAAUAUCCAGUACAGGAUGCAUCCACUUAUAAGUUUCUUCCCUAAUUCCAAAUUCUAUGGCAAUAAGAUUGUGGAUGCACCAAAUGUUAAAAGUGGUCUUGCAAAACGCUAUCUUCCGGGUCAAAUAUUUGGCUCAUAUUCUUUCAUAAAUAUUUCUUGUGGGAUAGAAGAACUGGAUGGUAUUCACCAUAGCUGGAAAAAUAUGGUUGAAGUUGCUGUUAUAAUAAAAGUAGUGAAUAAUCUAUAUAAAGAAUGGAAUGGCUCAAAGCAGAAGCUUAGCAUUGGUGUUAUAUCUCCAUACACUGCGCAAGUUAUUGCAGUCCGAGAGAAAAUUGGGAAGAAGUACGAAAACCUUGAUGGAUUUGCAGUGAAAGUGAAGUCAAUUGAAGGGUUCCAAGGUGGAGAAGCAGAUAUCAUAAUCCUAUCUACUGUAAGAUGUAAUAGUGAUGGAUCAAUUAGUUUUGCUUCCAAUCAUGGUAGAAUUAAUGUAGCUUUGACAAGGGCCAGACAUUGUCUUUGGAUUUUGGGAAAUGAAACAACCCUUUUAAAUAGUCAAUCUGUCUGGAAGUCAAUUGUCUGUGAUGCUAAAGAUCGUCAGUGUUUUUAUAAUGCUGAUGAAGAUGAGAACUUGGCCAAAUUCAUGUUGGAGGUCAAGAAGGAGCUGAAUGAAUAUGAUGACUUGCUUAAUUUUGAUAGUGUACUUUUUGAAAGUGCUCGGUGGAAGGUUCUCUUUAGUGAUUACUUCAGGAAGUCAUUUAAAAAGCUGAGAUCAAUUGAAAUGAAAAAGUUGGUUAUUAAUUUAUUACUGAGGCUUUCUAGUGGCUGGAGACCAAAGAAUAAGAAAUGUAACUUAAUUCAUGACAACACGUCAGGGAUGUUGAAGCAAUUCAAGGUGUUGAAGGUCUGGGACAUUCUGCCUUUGGAGGAUAUUCCAAAAUUGGCUAUACGUCUUGAUGCUUUAUUUGGAAAGUAUACAAAUGAUUAUCUUAAUCGUUGUAAGGCGAAAUGUUUUGAUGGGGAUUUGGAAGUUCCCAUGAGUUGGGUAACUUCCCUCGACUUUGUCCGUUACAAGAAUAGUAGCUACACUGGAGAUAUGGCUGAUUCAGAUGAUGUUUAUUUUGGUAGAAGAACAUUUGUUGAGAACUCCAUGGUGAGUGACAGUUUGACACUGAUGAAAUUCUACUCAUUGUCCUCCGGUGUAGUGAGCCACUUGCUCUCUCGCUGUGAUGGUAAGGAAUUGGACUUUCCAUUUGAGUUGUCGGACCAGGAAACAGACGUAAUCCUUUUCGAUAGAAGUUGUUUCAUUCUUGGAAGGUUUGCCUGUGUUGGGGAUGAUUCAGAGGGAAGCACAUCUACUGGUUUAGAUGAAAUUGAUGAGAUGUUACAAUUUACAGAUAUACCAGAUUCUUUUAUUGAUCUUCCAUCAAAAUUGUAUCCCCUUGUAUUAACUUUCCAUAAGUUCUUGAUGAUGCUUGAUGGAACAGUAGGCAAUUCGUUCUUUGGAAGAUUCCCUGAGGCAAUUGGACAUUCUCGUGGCACAAAAAGAGCUUCAAAAUCAGUGGCCUUGAAAACUUUUAUUAGAACAAAGGAGGUUAAUUACGAGAGAUUCAGGUCAUCUUACUGGCCCCAAUUUAAUAAUGAACAAACCAAGAAAUUUGAUUCUUCUACUGUUUUCACUGAGAUAAUGUCUCACAUAAAGGGUGGGCUGCCAGCAGGAGAGAGCUGUGAUGAUAAACUUGGUCUAGAGGAUUACCUUUCGUUGGCUGAGCGCCGGGUAUCCACUUUAAGCAGGAAAAAGAUGGAGAGGGGUGAAUUUGACUUAGCUGAUUUGGUGAUUGAUAUUCAUAACCGACUUAAAGUUAAUAGAUAUGAUGGUGACAAUAUGGAUUUUGUGUAUAUUGAUGAGGUGCAGGAUCUUAGCAUGAGGCAAGUUGCUCUUUUCAAAUAUUUAUGUAAAAAUGUUGCUGAAGGAUUUGUCUUUUCAGGUGAUACAGCACAAACUAUUGCAAGGGGCAUUGAUUUUCGGUUUCAGGAUAUAAAAUUCCUAUUCUAUAAGGAGUUUCUACUGGGCUCUGGAAAUGAUGGUGCUUAUGGGAAAAAAGAGAAAGGAAAAAUUGCAGAUGUUUUUCAGUUGAGCCAGAACUUUCGAACCCAUGCUGGCAUUUUGAACUUAGCUCAGAGUGUUAUUAACCUUCUUUACCAUUUCUUUCCAUUAUCUAUUGAUACAUUAAGGCCUGAGACAAGUCUGAUAGAUGGUCAAGUUCCAGUAUUGCUUGAAUCUGUGAAUGGUGAGAAUGCUUUUAUAUCUAUAUUCAAAAAUUGUGGAAAUGAUGGGGGGAAAAUUAUUGGUUUUGGGGCUGAUCAGGUUAUAUUAGUAAGAGAUGACAUUGCCAGAAACAAAAUUGUGGACUAUGUUGGAAAGCAGGCUCUUAUUCUGACAAUAAUGGAGAGCAAGGGCCUUGAGUUUCAGUAUCAGCAAUACCUGAAAUGGCAGUCUUCAGUAAUUAAGCUAAUAUUGGGCAUCACACGAGAUGUGUUUUUGUAUAACUUUUUCGGCUCAUCACCUUCAAAAAAUCAAUGGAGAGUAAUAUACAAGUAUAUGAUAGAAAAUGAUCUCCUCGACUCAACUUCUACGACAUCAUUUCCAAGUUUUAUCUGGGGCAAACAUAAUAUGCUUUGCUCUGAACUGAAGCAUUUGUAUGUAGCUAUUACUCGUACAAGGCAGAAGUUGUGGAUUUUUGAGAAUGUCGAAGAACUCUCUGAACCCAUGUUUGUUUACUGGAAAAAAUUGGGGUUUGUUCAAGUCCGAGAAUUCAAUGAGUCACUUGCACAAGAGAUGCAAGUUGCAAGCAGCCAAGAGGAAUGGAAGUCUCGUGGCAUCAAGUUCUUUUAUCAGAAUAACUAUGAGAUGGCAAGAAUGUGCUUUGAAAGAGCUGGAGAGAUAUAUUGGGAAAAAUGGGCCAUGGCUGCUGGCCUACGAGCAGCUGCUAACCAUAUGAGUUGCUCAAAUUCCCAAUUGAAGCAUAUAAAUCUAAUGAAAGCUGCUGAAACAUUUGAUUCCAUUGGAAAGUCUGAGUUAUCUGCCCAGUGUUAUUAUGAGGCCAAUGAGUAUGAAAGAGCAGGAACAAUUUAUCUGGAUAAGUUUGGGAAUUCUAAGUUGGAAGAUGCAGCAGAAUGUUUUACAAGGGCAGGUUGUUAUAAGACUGCUGCUCAAUUAUAUGCUAAGUGCAACUUAUUCACAGAGUGCAUGUCUGUCUGCAGUGGUGGAAAAUUAUUUGAUAUGGGUUUCCAGUUUUUACAAUACUGGAAAGAUAAUGCUCUUUCAAAUAAUGGUUUGUUAAAUAGUAAUUCUGACAUAGAAGAAACUUCACAGAUGUUUCUAGAGAGUGCUGCACGUUAUUACCAUGAGAUUAAAUAUAGCAAAAAAAUGAUGAUGUUUGUCAAAGCUUUUCAUUCUAAGAAUUCGAUGCGUGCUUUCUUAAUGUCUUUGGGUUCCCUUGAUGAGCUUCUCUCAUUGGAAAAAGAAUGGGGCAACUUUCAGGAGGCUGCAAAAAUAGCAAGAAUGCAAGGGGAUCUGCUGCUUGAGGCUGAUCUGCUAGAGAACACUGGGAAUUAUGAAGAUGCAUCUCUGUCCAUCCUGUUAUAUGUUUUUGCCAACUCUCUUUGGGCACCUAGGAGUCAAGGCUGGCCCUUGAAGCAAUUUCCAAGAAAAGAGAAGCUUUUGACUAAAGCAAAAGAAUUUGCAAAGAAUGGUUCAGACAACUUUUUUGAGUUUGUUUGCACAGAGGCAAAUAUUUUAUCUGACCAAGAGUGUAGCUUGCCUGAGUUAAUGCAAAAUUUCAGGAGUUCCCAGAGACAUAACAGUAAUAAGAUUUGGAAUAUAUUUGAGUUUCUUGGGUGUCCUGGAAAUGGGGAUGUUUCUGGGGAGUUCUGUCUGAGUUACUUGGCUGUGAACAAACAGUUUAUAGAUACAAAGGUUGUCUACCUUCUACUGAAACCUGAUGCAUAUUGGUUGAGAGAAAUCGAUGACCAAUAUUUCAUGAAGAAGGGGAAAUUGGUUAGCAUUGGUGCUCUCAGAUUUGCACAGGCUGCUCGAAGAUAUUGGUGUUCAGAAAUAUUUUCUGUUGGUGUGGGGAUGUUAGAAAAGCUGAAAGCCCUUUACGAGUUUGCAACCCAGAAUGCAUUGCCCCUAUACAGCCAAACCUUUCCUGUUGUUCAUAUGUUUGUGCUUUCAAAAUCUCUGAUGGAAACCAGUAUAGAUCCCUUGGAUUGGCGAAAAUUGUUGACUGAGAAUAUGAUUUUUCUCAGGGCGAUGGAGCAGUAUAAGAGUGUACUCCAAGAAGUUAUCAUUAAUACCAUUAAUUCAACUAGUAAGCUAACAACACAUGCACAGGUUGGAAAAGUCACUAUAGGAACUUUUGGUUCCGGAAAACUAUCCAGUCAACUAUAUAAGCAGAUCACAGAAGUGUUUGACAGAAAUUCACCCUGGAGAGAAUUCUUUCUUACAUUAGGAGAGAAUGCAGCUCAAAGAGAAGUCUAUCUGGUUCACAAGUUCCAUAAAGCUUUAGAAGAUACUUAUAAUGCUCGCUGGGCAAAUGUUAAUAAUUACAUCUCCCCUGGAUGUUUCUUGUAUCUUGUUGAGCUCCUUCUAAUCUGGGUAUGUAGUUUGAGGGAAACCUUUUUCACUUCAAAAUCUUCUUUUGUUGAAUGGCUUAUACACCGGGAAUGGAAAGCCAUCCGAAAUACCAAUUCUCUAGCUGCCAAAGUCGAUGAAUCAUCUUUAGUUGUUAUCCUUGAGUUUGUGUCCUGCAUAAUUGAGCAGCUUCUGUAUCACGAGCAGGAUACCAUUAAUUGGUUUGGAAAAGCUAAUAUUAUUUUGGACCCGGAUAGCUAUUUGCUAUUAGUGUUGAGAUUGUUUGUUGUUACAUGUGUGCUUUGUCUGUGUUAA